AUGGCAAAAAGUGUUGACAGUUACGGAAGUCUACUUAUCAACCUCAGAACUCUUCAGAAUUAUAAAAAAUGCCUCCUUGAUUGCUCAUUCUCCACACGUCCGAAAGCCAAAUUGCCUAAGAAGUUUGAGCCCGUCUUCAAAGCAGAUAUUUAUGAAAAAUCCAUCAAUUGCAAUCUUCAACUCAAGAGAUUAUCUACUGAGUGUAACAAUUCUCUUCCAAUACCUGACCUGGAAAGGAUGGGCAUAGUGCAUGUUUUGUUUUCUGGAUACUGCAAAAGGAUUUCCUGGUACGCCGCCGACAAAUUUUGCCGCUCGAAAGGGCUGGUUUUGGCCAGAAUGGACUCGAAAGUAAAAGUCGAUCAACUUCUUUUUUACAUUGGCUCGUUAGUGAACGCAAAUAAGCUGCCAAAAAUGAGUGCGAGAAAUCCUCUGAAUAUUUGGGUUGGAGCAACCAGCGCAAGUCAAAAUAAUUUCUUUUGGGUGGACACUGGCCAACCAAUAGACGCCGAUUUUUUGUCUGCUCCUUUUGAGCCCGACACUGAUCAGUCAGCAAAGUGUCUCUACGCGAAUAUCACCUCAAAUCAGAAUGUAACUUGGCGAGAGUCUAGCUGCAGUUCAACCUUCUCUUUCUUAUGUGAAGUGCCCCAAUUGUGCUACUUCGAGAAAUGCAAAUCGAAGUUACAGAUAAAGGCAACGGACAAAAAUGCCAAGUUGGUGGGCAAUUGCAUUUCCCAGAAGUGUCCAACGUGUGAACUAUUUUAUAAAGCAGAUGAUUCCACCGGUAGAUUCUUCACAUUUAAUGAAAGAAAGUUCUUCAUCAGCGUAGUAAAAAGGUCAUUUGACGAUGCAGUUGCAUUUUGCUGCAGUCUUCAGAUGAGUCUCCUCGCUUUUAAAUCACGAGAUGAAGGAGUUGAAAUGAUGAGUGUUUUAAAAUCAAUUGGUUUUGAUUUGAGUUUCAGAUUCGAAAUGUAUCUUUACGCAAAAGAUGAAGCAUGCAAUGAAAAUUUUGUGUGGUGCGAUAAGCAAAGAAGAACCAUUGGGGCAGAGUAUUUCUGGGAUGAUAACGAGCCAAAUGAUUGCACGGGAAAUGAAGUAUGCGUUACCCUGGCGAUGGUUAAGGAUGUUCCAGUCAUCAGAGACGUGGCCUGUUUCUUCAAAUACCUAUUCAUUUGCGAAAGCCAGGAAUCUAGCAAUGAGACAAAUACUUUCAUCAAAAUGACGGCAAGACCAAUGUAUUUGGAAAACAAAUUGGAGUGUAGGGAAAAGGGCCGCUGCGUCUUUCCCUAUAAAGAAACUGCACCAGAUGCAAAGGCAGGAAUUGUUUUCAAAGCACUUGGAAGAACAUAUUUUGUUAGUAAAGAAAGGAGAGACUAUUGGAAUGCGUUUAAUCAUUGCUGUUCUAUGGGAAUGCAUUUGGCCACUUUCGAUUCGUGGGAGGAAAUUUUGGCAAUCAUCACCAACUACCAAGACAAAAUUACAUUUCGCGAAUUCCAGAACGCCAGGAUGAUGUUCAUUUCAACCUUUUACGUCAACAGUAACAAAGAGACGGUUUGGUGUUCUUCAGAUCAAAAAAUGAACGCGAGCGCCUUACCUUAUGGAUAUAAUGAACCAAAUAACGUGUAUCCUCCAGAAAAUGUUCUGGCGCUUUUCUCUGCAGCAACAAACAGCUACGGUUUGGGAGACGCAAACUCGUUUAUGCCGUGGCAGUACAUUUGUCAAUCACCAAAUAAUUAAGAUUUGAGAAAAAAAUCAAAAAAUCAAUUUCUUCCUAUUCUACGAAGAUACACAAACUUAAUUGAUCGUCUUAAAAUACAAUAAAAAUGCAUUAUUAUAAUUGUACUUCCACGUUGCUCUAUUUUAUUCACAAAUUAAUUCAUA